AUGGCGAUCACUCAAAAUCUCCUUCUGAUUCUCAUUUCUCUGUUCAUCUCCGCCGCAUCCGCCACUUUCCCCGACUCAAUUCCACCGCUAACUCCAUCUCCGAUGAUAUCUCCUCACGACCACACUUCUCUCUUCGCAACCGUUCUCUCUUCUCUCGGAUUCCAGCAGCUCUCCACUGCAGCAACCGCCGCAAAUCUCACCACCACCACCACUCCAAUCACCGUCUUCGCUCCCGCCGACUCUUCUCUCAUCACUUGCCCUACUUGUUCCCUCCCUCUUCUCCUUCAGGAACACUCUGUUCCUGGCCUUUACCCUCUUCACUUCCUCCGUACUUUAGCCUUCGGUACUAAACUCGAAACCCUAGCUCCGAAUCGUUGCCUCACUGUCACUUUCUCCACUACUACUCGUGACGCGAAGAUUUUCAUCAACGGCGUUGAAGUCACUCAGCCGGAUCUGUUCAAUAAUGGCUUGAUCCUUGUGCAUGGCUUACGUGGCUUUGUAUCGCACCUCUCUCCGCUUUCCUGUAAUGUGGAGAGAAUGAGUUCUCUGUCAUUUGAUUCGUUUCCUAUUCCUAAUUCGGUGUCUACAGUGUCCUCUGCGUCGCCUUUCUCUAUCAUGCGCUUCAUGCUAAAGGACGCCAUUAUCAGGUUGCGUAACAGCGGUUACAGUAUUGUAGCACUGGCGCUGAGAGUGAAGUACGCUGAGCUUUCCGAGCUCAAGGCGAUGACGGUGUUUGCUUUAGACGAUGUGUCGAUUUUUGCUAGUGGAGGACAUGCGUAUCUCUCGAAUUUUAGGUUUCACGUUGUGCCAAAUCGGAGGAUUAUGGCUGGGGAAAUGGUGAGUUUGCCGGCGGGGACAGUGUUGCUGACGUUGGACGGUGAGGAAAAAUUGGUCGUAACUACUGCUGGCGGAGGAGGCGUGUUAGCUCCGAUGAAAGUUAAUUACGUGAGGAUUGUGAGUUUUGAUCUGCUGCAUAACAGUAGGAUUGUGGUUCAUGGAGUGUCGGUUCCAUUUCCUCACAUGCAUCAUCACACAGCUGAUCAGAAAGCCUUUGCUCAGAUGGAACAGUCACGCACACACUGUGAUGUUACUGGAAACGGUGGGGUGUGUGACGUCAUUCACGAUGAUUUUGCGCCAGCUGGCAUGCGAUCAGUGAUGGGGAAUAAUAUGGAAGAACAUGAGGGUCUCUGA